CUCUCCCUCCCAACCCUCCCCCCCACCCCUCCACAUCUCCGCUUCUCUCGUGCCGAGAGGGGGCGACGACGAAACCCUAGGAUUCGCGGCCGACAGGGCGGCCAAGCCACGAGCGCCCCUCCCUCCGAAUCCUGUGGCGCGAGCCGAGCUCCGGCCGGCGCAGAUCGAGCACCGGGCGGGCUCUGCCGCCGCCGGCGCAGCCAUGACGUCGCUCAGCCGCGAGCUCGUGUUUCUCAUCCUCCAGUUCCUCGACGAAGAGAAGUUCAAGGAGACCGUGCACAAGCUUGAGCAAGAGUCAGGAUUCUUCUUCAAUAUGAAGUACUUUGAGGAGAAGGUCCAUGCUGGGGAGUGGGAUGAGGUGGAGAAGUACCUGUCAGGUUUCACCAAGGUAGAUGACAAUAGGUAUUCGAUGAAGAUAUUCUUUGAGAUCAGGAAGCAGAAGUAUUUGGAAGCGCUUGAUAGGCAUGAUAGAGCAAAGGCUGUAGAUAUUCUUGUCAAGGAUCUUAAAGUCUUCUCGACAUUCAAUGAGGAAUUAUAUAAAGAGAUAACACAGCUUCUAACUCUUGAGAAUUUUAGGGAAAAUGAACAGUUAUCUAAGUAUGGGGAUACCAAAUCUGCUCGCGGUAUUAUGCUGAUUGAGCUCAAAAAACUUAUUGAAGCGAACCCUCUUUUCCGGGAAAAACUUGUCUUUCCAACUCUUAAGGCAUCACGCCUGCGUACUCUAAUCAAUCAAAGCUUAAAUUGGCAGCAUCAGCUUUGUAAGAAUCCUCGACCAAAUCCUGAUAUCAAAACUCUAUUCACUGAUCAUACUUGCACUCCUCCAAAUGGAGCUCGUGCAUCACCAGUGUCUGUACCAUUGGCAGCUGUUCCGAAGGCUGGUGCCGCAUAUCCACCACUCACAGCUCAUACUCCGUUCCAACCUCCUCCCUCUGGUCCAUCUUUAGCUGGUUGGAUGGUAAAUGCUGCUGCUUCUUCAUCUGUUCAAUCUGCUGUUGUAGCAGCAUCAUCAAUACCUGUUCCGCCAAAUCAAGCUGUCCCCAUGUUGAAACGGCCAACUAUAACAGACUAUCAAAGUGCAGAAUCUGAGCAACUAAUGAAGCGAUUGAGGCCUGGUGCACAUGGCGUUGAUGAGGCCACAUAUCCUGCCCCCAUCCCUCAACCUGCAUGGUCAGUGGAUGAUCUUCCUAGGACAGUAGCUUGUACUUUGUCACAUGGAUCUAAUGUUACUAGCAUGGAUUUUCAUCCUUCUCGGCAUACACUACUACUAGUUGGGUCUGCUAAUGGUGAAUUUACGCUUUAUGAGAUUGGCCUGCGUGAGACAUUGGUUUCAAAACCCUUCAAAAUUUGGGACAUACAAGCAUGUUCACCUCAAUUUCAGAGUUCUGUGGCCAAAGACUUCUCCAUAUCCAUUAAUCGAGUUACCUGGAGCCCUGACGGAGACUUAAUUGGAGUCGCAUUCACGAAACAUCUGAUCCAGCUACAUACAUAUCAACAACCAAACGAGACAUGCCAUGUUCUAGAGAUUGAUGCUCAUUCUGGAGGAGUAAAUGACAUCGCAUUCUCUCGACCAAAUAAGCAACCUUGUGUUGUCACUUGUGGAGAUGAUAAGCUGAUAAAGGUUUGGGAUAUGCAUGGACAAAAACUAUUUACAUUUGAAGGGCAUGAGGCGCCUGUUUAUUCUAUUUGCCCUCACCACAAAGAAAGUAUUCAGUUUAUCUUCUCAACCGCCCUGGAUGGAAAGAUUAAGGCAUGGCUUUACGAUAAUAUGGGAUCUAGGGUGGACUAUGAUGCUCCUGGAAAAUGGUGCACUACUAUGCUCUAUAGUGCCGAUGGAACUAGGUUGUUCUCAUGUGGAACGAGCAAAGAUGGAGAAUCGUAUUUGGUUGAGUGGAAUGAAAGUGAAGGAUCUAUCAAGAGGACAUAUUCUGGAUUCCGGAAAAGGUCAGCUGGCACAGCUAGUGUAGUGCAGUUUGAUACAGCUCAGAAUCACAUUUUGGCUGCUGGUGAAGAUAACCAGAUUAAAUUUUGGGAUGUUGAUAAUACUAAUAUGCUAACCUUCACUGAAGCUGACGGAGGCCUCCCGGCCUUUCCUCGCUUGAGAUUCAAUAAAGAAGGCAAUCUUCUUGCUGUUACUACAGUGGACAAUGGUUUUAAGGUACUUGCAAAUGCUGAUGGUCUCAGAACUUUACGUGCUUUUGGAAGCCGGCCUUUCGAAGCAUUUAGGCCGCAAUAUGAAGCUUCUUCGAUGAAGGUCUCAGGUGCUCCUGUUGUUACGGGCAUCUCUCCUAGCAUAGGUCGAAUGGAUCACUUAGACAGGAAUUCUCCUGCAAAGCCAUCUCCUAUACUGAAUGGUGGAGAUACAGCAUCAAGAAGCAUAGACAUAAAACCAAGAAUCUCAGAAGAAAAACCUGAUAAAGUGAAACAUUGGGAACUGAUGGAGGUUUUAAAUUCCCAGCAAUGCCGUGUAGCUACGAUGCCAGAAACUCCUGAUCAAGUCAGCAAGGUUGUCCGACUUCUGUACACAAAUUCUGGUGUUGGGUUGUUAGCACUAGGGUCUAAUGCUAUUCAGAGGCUGUGGAAAUGGAAUAGAAACGAGCAGAAUCCAAGUGGAAAGGCCACAGCAAGUGUUGCACCACUCCAUUGGCAGCCAAACAGUGGUCUUGUUAUGACAAAUGAUACAGCAGAUACCAAUCCGGAAGACGCGGUCCCGUGCAUUGCGCUCUCCAAGAAUGAUUCUUAUGUGAUGUCUGCUUGUGGUGGGAAGGUUUCCUUGUUUAACAUGAUGACAUUUAAGGUGAUGACAACAUUCAUGCCACCACCACCCGCAUCGACCUUUUUAGCAUUUCACCCUCAAGACAAUAAUAUCAUAGCAAUUGGAAUGGAAGAUUCAACCAUCCACAUAUACAAUGUCAGGGUAGAUGAGGUUAAAACUAGACUCAAAGGACAUCAAAAGAGGAUUACUGGGUUGGCCUUUUCCACCAACCUUAAUAUACUCGUUUCUUCAGGAGCUGAUGCACAGCUGUGUGUGUGGACCACUGACACUUGGGAAAAGAAGAAAUCGGUUGCUAUGCAAAUGCCUGCUGGAAAGACUCCGUCAGGAGAUACACGGGUCCAGUUUAGUUCUGACCAAAGUCGUUUAUUAGUUGUUCAUGAGACUCAGCUAGCUAUAUAUGUCGCAUCAAAAAUGGAGAGAAUCCAUCAGUGGAUACCCCAGGACGCUUUGUCAGCUCCCAUAUCACACGCAUCAUACUCAUGCAACACUAAGCUGGUUUUUGCUGCCUUCACUGAUGGCAACAUAGGCAUUUUUGAUGCGGAGAACUUGAGAUUAAGAUGCCGAAUUGCACCAACAGUAUACAUGUCCUCAACAGCCAUAAACAGCAAUCCGCAUGUCUACCCUCUUGUCAUCGCUGCGCAUCCUCACGAGCCAAAUCAAUUUGCGGUGGGGCUGUCAGAUGGAUCGGUCAAAGUGAUGGAGCCCUUGGAGUCCGAAGGGAAGUGGGGAACGCCCGCUCCGGCCGACAAUGGGGUGCCCAACGGCAAGACUCCAGCAUCAUCAGCCACCAGUAACCCAGCCGCGGAUCAAAUUCAAAGAUAGAUGUGUUGGUGAAGCUUUCUUUGUAAAUCUUCUAAUCUUUUCAUUGGCUUUCUUGUAUGUCGAUGUCGCUAGGUUAUUGUUGCAUUUGUUGGAAAAGCAGAACAGAAAAGGUGUUAAAAUCAGGUGUGCUGUAACUUGUCAGACAUUACUCUAGAUGUUACUCGUGAAAAUUAUCUUGUAAUAGGGAUAGUAAUGCCCAUAAAGCGGGUCGCCUUAGGUUUGGUGAUGUGGCUAUAGUUCUUGAUGCAUGUAAAGCAAUACAUAGUUUUUUCUCCAACCCCGUUGUUGCUUUUUCCAACAAUCUUUUUUGUUAUGAUUAUUCAUAGAAAAAUAAUUAGACAGUGGGAUGUGGAAUAGUCA